AUGCGGCACGUCGCUGUUCUUCUGUUUUUCGUUACCGCCAGUAAGGCGGUGACAUUUUCGAAAAGGGCAUCCGGAGGAUGCGACACACAAGCAGACGUUACAUUUUUGUUAGAUUCGUCCGAUACAGUUGGACCAGACAAUUUUAAAAAACAGUUAGAAUUCAUCAAAAGCACAGUGAACAACUUACAAAUAGCUCCAGAUAAAACACAUGUGAGUGUUGUGACGUUUAGCAAUGGCGUAUACAACCAGUUCUUCCUAAAUCAGUAUUCUACGAAAUCGGACAUUAUUAAUGCCAUUUCUGGAAUACCAUACCGAGGAGGGAGAACGCAUACUGCUGACGCAAUACGUUACGUCACACAGACGACGUACAACCCCAUCCAUGGUGCCAGGGGAAGUGUGCCCCAUGUUGCUGUGCUUGUUACUAAUGGAAGGUCUACCACACCCGACAUUACAAAAGUUCAGGCACAGACCGCUAAGGACAACAACGUGAUUCUGUAUGGAGUUGGCGUUGGAUCGGGAGUCAAUAUGCAGGAAUUAACUUCAGUUACCAGUGAUCCUGAUUCAAGAUACGUUCUGAAGGCCGAUAGUUAUGGCUCUUUAGAUGCUCUUUCCAAUGGCUUGUCCACCAAAAUCUGCAAUGAACUCCCGCCAAACCCAAAUCAAUUACCUCCACCCAACAGUUGCUUGCAGAAGGCUGACCUUGCUUUCCUGGUCGAUUCCUCUGCCAGUGUUGGUCCCGGCAAUUUCCAGAAACUGGAAACAUUCCUGAAAGGUGCCAUAACGCGACUAGACGUUGGUGCGGAUAAAGUUCAUGUUGGCCUCAUGCAAUAUGGAAGCUAUCCAUCCAUAGCGUUUCCUUUAGACAUGUACAGCAACAGAGGGGAUGCUCUGAAAGCUGUGGAGAAAAUGAACUUCAUGGGCGGCAGCAGUGAUGCUGCCGGGGCAAUCCAGUACAUGACUGACAAGAUGUUUGGUUCCAGCAGUGGAGCACGAGGCAACGUCCCGCGCAUUGCUAUCGUUUUGACGGACGGGAAUUCGAACAACGACGCCAGCACCACCAGCGCUGCUGAUAAAGCCAGACAAUCCAACAUUGGGUUGAUUGCCGUCGGCGCUGGACCAAAUAUUCAGACCUACCAGCUGAACCACAUUGCUGACUCCCCAGACAAAGUCAUCACCGUGAGCGACGUCAACAACAUCGACUCAGUCAUCGACCAAGUCCUGCAAAAGGCGUGUCAAAUACAAGCCACAAUUCCACCCGUGACGACUUCGGCUCCAGGUGCAACCUCAUCUCCUGACAACUGCAAGGACAUGGUCAACAACUGCAGACAGUACGGACAGCAAGUGUGCACGAACUACAAGCCCUGGGCAAGAGACAACUGUGCUCUCUUCUGUGGUUUCUGCCAACCUCAACUUGUGACAUGCAGUGACAAAAUGAACAAUUGUGCUGCCUAUGGCCAGGGCGUAUGUACGUCUUAUGGCGAAUGGGCACAUGAUAACUGCCAGCAAUUCUGUGGAUUUUGCGGACCAACAACAACCUCCAACGGAUUUUAUGGCAAAUGUUCAUACAAAGGAAAUUCUUACCAGACCGGAGAAAGUUGGAAAGAUGGCUGCGAUUAUGAGUGUGUUUGUGAGGAUGGACAAGCAGGAAAAUACAGAUGUUUUAACAAAUGCCCAGUUUACUACAACCUGCCCACAGACUGUACCCUGGUUAGACAGACAGGAGAAUGCUGUUUGAAACCAGUUUGUAACUUCCAUCAAAAAAUUGUUGCAACUGAAAGCAGUGGAAAAGGAUCUACACCUAGUGGAAUAAAGGUGUGUGUCUACAAGAACAAACAAUACUUCCAGGGACAAACUUGGCGAGAUGAUUGUGAUAAACAGUGCACAUGUACUAACUCCACUGAAGGAUUGUACAGAUGUGAAACAAUCUGUCCAGUCUACACUUCCAUUCCAACAUACUGUAAGCUGAAGAAAGAGCCAGGAGAGUGUUGUGAGAAACCAGUGUGUGAGUUCAGUCAGCAGCAUGGCUCCUUCACAGGAACCGGCUCUACCAGUGGAAAGGGAACCGGUAUGGCCCCUUCAACUCCCAAGCCAUGUGUGGAUCGUUUGAAUGUGUGUGAAAAUUAUGGAAAACAGGUCUGCGUUGAUUACAGAGAAUGGGCUGGUGACAACUGUGCCAAAUAUUGUGGAAUCUGCUCUUCCACACAAGCAACACCAGGUCCAAAUGAUGUGUGUUUGUAUGAAGGAACAACUUAUAAACAGGAUGCCGUGUGGAAUGUUGGCUGUGAUGCCAAAUGUACCUGUGAAAAUGCCAUAUAUGGUUACUACAGAUGUGUUAGCAAUUGUCCAACCUACAACAAUUUACCAACUGGCUGUUACCUUAUGAAGAAAGCAGGAGAAUGCUGUAAAGUGGUGGAGUGUGACAGUGGAACAUUCGUUAGUUCUACCACCAAUCUGAACUCCCUGGCCAAUGGAGGAGGAAUUUACAUCAAGAAUCCCAAUGGAGGCAGCCAGUUUGUUACUCCAACCAUGCCCUCCGGAGGAACCCCAGCCCCUGGUUCAGGAGGCACUGGAAAUAAGGCUCCCACCCUUAAUGGAUGCUUGUACAAAGGAAAAUUAUAUGUCAAGGAUCAGACUUGGGAAGAUGGAUGUGAAUUUUCUUGUAUUUGUACUGAUGAAAGUACUGGAGCUUACACUUGCAGACAAAAAUGUCCAAGCUAUGCUCAGAUUCCCACGUCCUGUCAUAUGGAGGCUGACCCUAACGACCCCUGCUGCCGCAAACCGGUCUGCCACUACGAUCCUAUCACUGGCCAGACCUAUGUCCCUAUCCCCGCUUUCGCUCCCGCUGUGACCGGUAAAGGAGUGGUGGAACCUCCCACCAGCUCUGACCUGUUAAACAACACACAGUACACUGCCACAGUGGCUCUCUUCCAGACAGGGUUCACGCCCGUUCCCCCCACAGUUCAAUCAAACAUCACAGGAGGAAUUGGCUACUGCGUGUACAAGGGAAAGCAAUACACACAGUCGCAGAGAUGGGAUGAUGGGUGUACAUUUACUUGUGUAUGUGAGGAUUCUAGGAUUGGAAAAUACAGAUGUUUUGAAAAGUGUGUAAGAUAUGACAACCUUCCCCAGCCCUAUUGUUUCUUGGAAAACGAUCCUGAUAAUCCUUGUUGUCAGCGACCUAAAUGUGUCUUCCCUGUCAAUUACAUAACCAACGUCGGAGAAAUCACCACACCUAUCCCAAAAACAGACUACUGUGAAUACCAUGGACAGCACUACCAACAAGGACAGUCUUGGUAUGAUGGCUGUAGCUACAAGUGUACCUGUGAGGAUGCUUUGGGAGGGAAAUACAGAUGCAUUGAGAGAUGCCCCUCCUAUGCUAACAUUCCCCCUACCUGCAAAUUCGUGACUGACCCCGAUGACCCCACCUGUUGUCAGAUACCUCAGUGCCCCCAAAACAACACCUCAAUCAAUCAAGUGCCCACUCCUGCCCCAUCCGGUGUAUACUCAGGAGUGGAUGGACGCAAUGGUCAGUGCGUGUACAAAGGUGUGUUGUAUGGUCAGGACCAGCGAUGGGAGGAUGGCUGUGAGUUGAACUGUGUGUGUACAGAUGCCAUGCAGGGACUGUACCAAUGUACAGACAAGUGCCCCAAGUACACCAACCUACCCCCCAACUGUCAGCUGGUCAGUGAUUUCACCAAUCCGUGCUGUAAGAAACCUCAGUGUGACUUCUCAGCCACCACAGCCAGCAUCUCUGGGACAGGACCUACCAGCAAGCCUGAUGUCAUCCCAACCCUAGCACCUGAUCAGAGGUACUGUGUAUACCAGGGUGCCACUUACGUUCAAGGCCAGACAUGGGAUGAUGGAUGUCAGUUCCGAUGCAGAUGUGACGAUGCUUCCCGUGGACUUUACAUCUGUAACGACAGAUGUCCCAAAUACGACAACCUGCCAGCUGAAUGUAAACUUGCGUCUGACCCCAAUGACCCCUGCUGCUUGGCCCCGAAGUGUAACAUCACUGACCCCAACAAGAUCCCCACCGCCGCACCUGGAGUGAUCAGUGGAAUCUUUAACAUCCCAACCCCAGCUCCCAUCCCUGGUGGACCGACCCUGGCACCAAAACUCUAUAAUUUCUGCGAGUACAAGGGCAUGAGAUACAUACAGAACCAGACGUGGGAAGAUGGUUGUGAAUACAACUGUAAAUGUGUGGAUGCUGCGAUGGGAAAAUAUGAGUGCACAGAAAAGUGCCAGAAAUACCUCAGUUUGCCAGCAGGGUGCAUCCUGACCAAAGAUCCCUCCAACCCUUGUUGUAAAGUGCCAAACUGUGACUCCCCCACACAAGCUCCUAACCUCACCCCUAUAGCCCCAACCCCAGCCCUGCCUGGAGGACCCACUCUCCAGCCCCAGCUGCCAACACAAGCACCCCAGCCAAAAGAUGUGUGCAUGUACAAGGGCCAGACUUACACCACGGGACAGAAGUGGUAUGAUGGCUGUGACUUCUCAUGUAUCUGUGAAGAUGGAAAGAAAGGAGUCUAUAGGUGUAGCCAAAGAUGUCCAACCUACCCUCCUGUGGCCUCCACCUGCACUAUGCAGCCUGACCCCAAGGACCCGAUCUGCUGCAAGGUGCCCUAUUGUAAUGGGGUAGCUGUGCCAGGAACCAUCAGUGGUGGAAGUGUUAUCCCCACCCCUGCACCUAGCCUCAGCCCCACAGCAUCCCCCACCCCAGGGUCCAAUGUUGCCACACCCACUCCUGCUCCGACAUUACCAGAAGUUUGUGUUUACAAAGGAAAGCAAUAUCAACAGGAUCAGAAGUGGACAGACGGCUGCGAUUAUAACUGUGUGUGUGUUGAUGCUAAGGCAGGAAUCUACCAGUGCACAGAGAGGUGCCCCCAGUUCUCCAAGUUGGAUGACAAUUGCCAUUUAGAGAGGGACAUUUUGAAUCCAUGUUGCAUGAAGCGAGUCUGUGAUCCUACCAAGAUUACAGUGGCUCCAAGUCCAGGGGUUACACCAAAACCUGUUCCCCAUUGUGUGUACAAUGGGGCUUUGUUUAAGGAGGGAGAAUCAUGGGCCGAUGGUUGUGAUCUAACAUGUACCUGUGAAGAUGCAGAAAAAGGUUACUACAGGUGUAAUGACAGAUGCCCAAGAUAUGAUAAUUUGCCAGCAGAUUGUCCCAUGGAGACAGAUCCUAGAGACCCUUGCUGCAAAAGACCACUCUGCAGUCCAACCAGUGCUCCUUCACCACCCCCCACUCCAUCCCCCCAGACCAUUCCCCCAUCUCCAUUUGUCCCCCCAACAGCAUCCCCUGGGGUGCCUGUAAUUCCAGGCCAGACUUUCAUACCCCCACAUUUCUACAUCACACCAGGUCCUGGUCUGACCUAUGCUCCUGACCAGCGCCCCACCCCGGGUCCUGGCCUAACAUAUGCCCCAGAAUUAUUCCCUACACCAUUUAAAUUACCCACUUUAGCCCCAGGUCAAACUUUAGCACCAGGACAAACUUUAGUUCCACCUGGAAUUUAUUUGACUCCCGCCCCAGGGUUAACAUAUGCACCAAAUGCAAGACCUACUCCUGCCCCAGGAAUGACCUAUGCUCCCAAUGUCUUUCCCACUCCUUUCUUGUUGCCAACAUUGGCACCAGGACAAACUCUUGCACCAGGCCAGACCCUAAUUCCACCCUUUUAUCUGACCCCAGCCCCAGGUAUGACUUAUGCUCCUGACCAAAGACCAACUCCUGCUCCAGGACAAACAUAUGCUCCUGAAUUGUUUCCUACACCAUACAAGCUCCCAACACUAGCCCCAGGACAGACACUAGCUCCAGGUCAAACUCUGAUCCCCCCUGGAAUCUUCCUUACCCCUUCACCUGGUCAAACUUAUGCUCCUAACCUGCGACCCACACCAGCUCCUGGACAGACAUAUGCCCCACAUGUGUUCCCAACACCAUACAAACCGCCAACAUUGGCACCAGGCCAAACAUUAGCUCCAGGUCAAACAUUGAUCCCACAGUUUUAUUUAACCCCAGCUCCAGGUAUGACAUAUGCUCCUGAUAAACUCCCAACCCCUGCCCCAGGAAUGACAUAUGCCCCAGGAUUAUUCCCUACACCAUACAAACCACCAACACUUGCCCCAGGGCAGACUUUGGCUCCAGGACAAACUCUCAUUCCACCAGGCAUUUAUCUGACCCCUGGUCCAUAUCAGACCUAUGCCCCAGGUUAUCAACCCACACCAGGACCAGGUAUGACAUAUGCCCCACAUGUAUUCCCCACUCCGUACAUGCCACCUACCCUUGCUCCUGGACAGACCCUAGCGCCAGGACAGACUUUGGUUCCACCAAUGUAUCUUACACCAGCUCCUGGAAUGACAUAUGCUCCUAAUGCACACCCAACUCCAGCACCAGGACUGACGUACAGACCUGAGUUGUUCCCAACUCCUUUCAAACUUCCCACACUUGCUCCUGGACAGACUCUGGCUCCAGGACAGACAUUGGUUCCUCCAGGCAUUUUCUUGACACCUGCACCCUUCUCCACAUAUGCACCAAAUGCUAGACCAACUCCUGGCCCAGGACAGACAUAUGCCCCAUAUCUUUUCCCAACUCCUUACAUGCCACCAACAUUGGCUCCAGGACAAACUUUAGCACCAGGACAGACCCUUAUUCCUCCAGGAAUGUACCUGACUCCAGGACCUUAUCAAACAUAUGCUCCAAACAUGCUUCCAACACCUGGACCAGGACAAACUUAUGCUCCUAAUGUUUUCCCAACACCCUUUAAACUGCCCACUCUUGCCCCAGGACAAACACUAGCACCAAGUCAAACUUUGAUUCCUCCAGGAAUCUAUUUGACGCCAUCUCCUGGUCAAACCUAUGCUCCCAAUGCUAGACCAACCCCUGCCCCAGGACUGACCUAUGCGCCAUAUGUGUUCCCAACUCCUUACAUGCCACCAACACUUGCUCCCGGACAAACACUUGCUCCAGGUCAGACCUUGAUCCCACCAAUGUAUCUGACUCCAGCGCCAGGCAUGACAUAUGCUCCAAAUAUGAGACCAACUCCAGCUCCUGGCCAAACUUAUGCUCCAAAUUUGUUUCCAACACCAUUUAAACUGCCAACUCUUGCCCCAGGACAAACACUUGCACCAGGUCAGACUUUGAUUCCACCAGGAAUAUACCUUACUCCAGGACCUUAUCAGACUUAUGCACCCUGGUUGCAACCAACACCAGCCCCUGGACAAACAUAUGCCCCACAUGUGUUCCCAACACCUUACAUGCCACCAACAUUGGCCCCAGGUCAAACUUUAGCUCCUGGUCAAACUUUGGUACCUCCUCAUUAUUAUCUUACCCCAGGACCAGGAAUGACUUAUGCUCCAAACAUGAGGCCUACACCAGCACCUGGACAGACAUAUGCUCCCAAUCUUUUCCCAACACCCUUUAAACUUCCCACUCUUGCCCCUGGACAAACUCUUGCUCCAGGACAGACUUUGGUUCCUCCAGGAAUCUACCUAACACCAGCACCAUUUUCCACUUAUGCUCCAAAUGCAAGACCCACACCAGGACCGGGUAUGACGUACGCUCCAAAUGUGUUUCCAACACCAUACAUGCCUCCAACACUGGCUCCUGGACAAACAUUAGCACCUGGACAGACUUUAGUUCCCCCUCAUAUGUACCUCACACCGGCUCCAGGCCAAACAUAUGCACCAAAUAUGAGACCUACUCCAGCUCCAGGCCAAACAUAUGCUCCAGAAUUAUUCCCAACUCCAUACAAACUUCCAACUCUUGCACCAGGACAGACAUUGGCUCCAGGACAGACUCUAGUUCCCCCAGGUAUAUAUUUAACUCCUGCACCUGGCUCAACCUAUGCACCAAAUGCUAGACCUACACCUGCACCAGGACAAACAUAUGCUCCACAUGUGUUCCCAACUCCUUUUAAACUACCUACCCUUGCACCAGGACAAACACUAGCCCCUGGUCAGACACUUAUUCCACCAAGGUUUUAUCUAACCCCUGCACCAGGAAUGACAUACGCUCCUAAUGCACAUCCAACACCUGGCCCAGGAUUGACUUAUGCUCCAGAACUGUUCCCAACUCCUUUUUAUUUACCCACACUUGCACCUGGCCAGACACUAGCUCCAGGACAGACUUUGAUUCCACACUUUUACAUAACUCCUGGACCUGGUCUGACAUAUGCUCCAGAUCAGAGACCAACCCCAGGACCUGGAAUGACUUAUGCCCCAGAACUUUUCCCAACUCCAUUCAAGCUUCCAACCCUUGCUCCAGGUCAGACAAUUGCUCCAGGUCAGACUCUUGUUCCUCCUGGAAUUUAUCUCACCCCAGCUCCAGGAUCAACUUAUGCUCCAAAUGCUAGACCUACACCAGGACCUGGUCAGACAUAUGCUCCGCAAGUGUUUCCCACUCCACUCAUUUUGCCAACACUUUCACCUGGAAUGCCAAUUUAUCCAGGCUUAACCUUUGUGCCUCCACAGCUUUACCUUACUCCUGCUCCAGGAUUAACAUAUGCACCAGACCAGAGGCCAACUCCUGGACCAGGGUUAACUUAUGCUCCAUAUCUAUUCCCAACUCCAUACAUGCCACCAACUCUGGCCCCAGGACAGACCCUAGCUCCAGGUCAGACUUUAGUUCCACCACAUUUCUAUCUGACCCCAGCUCCAGGAAUGACUUAUGCUCCUAACGCACAUCCAACACCUGCACCAGGUCAAACUUAUGCACCAGAAUUGUUCCCUACACCAUACAAGCUCCCAACUUUGGCACCAGGGAAAACUUUGGCUCCUGGCCAGACACUUAUUCCACCAGGCAUAUUCUUAACUCCAGCACCAGGCUCAACUUAUGCACCCUAUGCUAGACCCACACCAGCUCCUGGACAGACAUAUGCCCCACACGUGUUCCCAACACCAUACAAACCUCCAACAUUGGCACCAGGCCAAACAUUGGCUCCAGGUCAAACAUUGAUCCCACACAUAUAUCUUACACCAGGCCCAGGAUUAACAUAUGCUCCUGAUAAGCAUCCUACUCCAGCCCCAGGACAGACAUAUGCUCCAGAAUUAUUCCCUACACCAUUUAAACUACCAACACUUGCCCCAGGGCAGACUUUGGCUCCAGGACAAACUCUCAUUCCACCAGGCAUUUAUCUGACCCCUGGUCCAUAUCAGACCUAUGCCCCAGGUUAUCAACCCACACCAGGACCAGGUAUGACAUAUGCCCCACAUGUAUUCCCCACUCCGUACAUGCCACCUACCCUUGCUCCUGGACAGACCCUAGCGCCAGGACAGACUUUGGUUCCACCAAUGUAUCUUACACCCGCUCCUGGAAUGACAUAUGCUCCUAAUGCACACCCAACUCCAGCACCAGGACUGACGUACAGACCUGAGUUGUUCCCAACUCCUUUCAAACUUCCAACACUUGCUCCUGGACAGACUCUGGCUCCAGGACAGACAUUGGUGCCUCCAGGCAUUUUCUUGACACCUGCACCCUUCUCCACAUAUGCACCAAAUGCUAGACCAACUCCUGGCCCAGGACAGACAUAUGCCCCAUAUCUUUUCCCAACUCCUUACAUGCCACCAACAUUGGCUCCAGGACAAACUUUAGCACCAGGACAGACCCUUAUUCCUCCAGGAAUGUACCUGACCCCAGGACCUUAUCAAACAUAUGCUCCAAACAUGCUUCCAACACCUGGACCAGGACAAACUUAUGCUCCUAAUGUUUUCCCAACACCCUUUAAACUGCCCACUCUUGCACCAGGACAAACACUAGCACCAAGUCAAACUUUGAUUCCUCCAGGAAUCUAUUUGACGCCAUCUCCUGGUCAAACCUAUGCUCCCAAUGCUAGACCAACCCCUGCCCCAGGACUGACCUAUGCGCCAUAUGUGUUCCCAACUCCUUACAUGCCACCAACACUUGCUCCCGGACAAACACUUGCUCCAGGUCAGACCUUGAUCCCACCAAUGUAUCUGACUCCAGCUCCAGGCAUGACAUAUGCUCCAAAUAUGAGACCAACUCCAGCUCCUGGCCAAACUUAUGCUCCAAAUUUGUUUCCAACACCAUUUAAACUGCCAACUCUUGCCCCAGGACAAACACUUGCGCCAGGUCAAACUUUGGUUCCCCCAGGUAUCUAUUUGACACCAGCCCCUGGUUACACUUAUGCUCCAGAUAAGAGACCAACACCAGGACCAGGUAUGACAUAUGCCCCACAUGUGUUCCCCACACCAUACAUGCCACCAACAUUAGCUCCAGGACAGACUCUUGCUCCAGGUCAAACGCUAAUUCCACACUUUUACUUAACUCCAGCACCUGGAUUGACAUAUGCCCCUGACAAGAGACCUACACCAGCACCUGGACAGACUUAUGCUCCGUAUUUGUUCCCGACACCAUUCAUAUAUCCGACAUUGGCACCUGGUCAGACUUUAGCUCCAGGUCAGACAUUGAUACCUCCAGGUAUUUACCUUACCCCUGGACCUUAUCAGACAUAUGCACCAAAUGCAAGACCAACUCCUGCUCCAGGACAGACCUAUGCUCCAUAUCUGUUCCCUACUCCUUACAUGCCACCAACACUGGCUCCAGGGCAGACUCUUGCUCCAGGACAAACACUGAUUCCCCCUCAUAUGUAUCUGACCCCAGGACCAGGAAUGACAUAUGCUCCAAAUGCUAGACCUACCCCAGCUCCUGGUAUGACAUUUGCUCCUGAAUUAUUCCCAACACCAUUUAAAUUACCCACACUGGCUCCUGGUCAAACACUGGCUCCAGGUCAAACUCUUGUUCCACCUGGAAUUUAUUUGACACCAUCACCAGGUUUAACUUAUGCUCCAAAUGCCAGACCCACACCCGCCCCAGGCAUGACCUAUGCUCCCAAUGUGUUCCCCACACCCUAUAAACUGCCAACACUUGCUCCCGGUCAGACACUGGCUCCUGGUCAGACACUGAUACCACCAGGAAUUUAUCUGACACCUUAUCCUGGUGCUACAUAUGCUCCAAAUGCACGACCAACUCCAGCUCCAGGUCAGACCUAUGCACCAUACCUGUUCCCAACACCCUUUAAACUCCCAACACUUGCCCCAGGUCAGACCCUUGCCCCAGGACAAACUCUCAUACCACCACAUAUAUAUUUAACACCUGCUCCAGGUAUGACAUAUGCUCCAAAUGCCAGGCCCACACCUGCACCUGGUCUGACAUAUGCUCCAGAACUAUUCCCAACACCAUUUGUACCUCCCACACUUGCUCCUGGACAGACUCUGGCUCCUGGUCAGACCUUGAUUCCUCCAGGCAUCUAUCUGACACCAGCACCAGGGCAAACAUAUGCUCCCAAUAUGCGUCCAACCCCUGCACCAGGAAUGACCUAUGCCCCACAAGCAUUCCCAACACCCUUCAAAUUGCCCACUCUUGCACCAGGUGUAACACUUGGUCCAGGUCAGACCUUGAUACCACCAUUCCAGUACAUAACUCCAUUACCUGGCUAUACCUAUGCACCAGGUAUGCAGCCCACCCCUGCUCCAGGACUGACCUAUCCCCCCUACCUGUUCCCGACCCCUGCACCUGCCAUGCCCCCCACACCAAACCCUGUACCCACAGCCGUGUCUGGAAUCAUCACUGGUAUUGGAGUAGGUGGAAAUGGAAGUGCAUGCUUCUACCAUGGCAUUGCUUAUGGACAAGGCCAGAAAUGGGAAGAUGGCUGUCAACUUCUGUGUGAAUGUAUUGACAUGCACAUUGGAAGAUACAGAUGUAAAGAAAGAUGUCCAACGUACUUGGAUGUUCCAAACAACUGUCGAUUGGUUGUAGACCCUAAAGACCCAUGCUGCAAGGUUCCAGAAUGCUUUGACACCCCGACCCCAGCACCAGUGACCCCACCCACUCCUGGCCUGUUCCCCGCCCUCACACCAGUACCUGCCACUACAAUAACAGUGGAACCCAAGAUUAAAGAUAUGUGUGUUCACAAUGGUGUUCCAUACACACAAGGACAGAAAUGGUUUGAUGGCUGCAGUAAGGCCUGUAUCUGUGAGGAUGCCAAGUCUGGAUAUUACCGCUGUGACGACAGAUGCACCACAUACACUAGUAUCCCCUCACAGUGUACUCUUGUGGCUGACCCCAAGGACCCAGAAUGCUGCGAGGUUCCUCAGUGUAUAACUGUACCGCCCAACCCAACCAAUGGCACAAUUGUUAUCACCGGGGUUACAGGUGUGGUGACCGGUGGAGGAAUCGUACCCACAACACCUAUGCCAGGUUGCUUCUACAAGGGUAAAUUCUACCCUGAUGGACAGAAAUGGCAAGAUGGAUGCGACUACAAUUGUGAAUGUAUUGAUGGCAUGAAUGGAAAAUACCAGUGUUCACAGAGGUGUCCUUCUUAUCCAAUUAUUCCACCACAAUGCCAGCUGCAGAGAGAUGAAAAUGAUUUGUGUUGUUACACACCAAAAUGUGACUUCCUCAACCCCCCAAGCACUCCCUCUCUGGGUCCAACCCUAACUCCAACCCCAUCACCAACACCAGUGGCUUUCUGUGUGUACAAUGGACUGCCAUACAGCCAGGGCGACACAUGGAACAAGGGCUGCAGUCAGACAUGUCGCUGUGACGACGCCCAGACAAACUACUACUCCUGUUAUGACAGGUGUCCUUCCUUUAACAACCUUCCAGAUGGUUGUAAGAUGGUGGUAGAUCCCAAUGAUGCAUGCUGUGAGGUACCAGAGUGCCCCAAUGUCCCCACCCCUGCCCCAUUUGUCCAGCCCACCCUUGCCCCAGGGGUCUCUCCCAGCCCAACAUACCCAGUCCCCACCCUGGCUCCAGGAAUUAUCUCUGGAAGUGGACCCAAGCCAGACCCUAACACUGGAAUUGGACAAUAUAUUGGAUUCUGUGAAUACAAAGGCAAGAAAUACCACAAAGGAGACACCUGGGACGAUGCCUGUAGCUACAAGUGUGAGUGUAUCGAUGAAGCAUCAGGAGCCUACACUUGUACAGAAAGAUGUCCAAGGUUUGCUACCUUGCCCCAGUCUUGUUUCAUGACUACUGACCCCUAUGACCAGUGCUGCAAGAUUCCUACCUGUCCCAGCGCACCUACACCAGGACCACUGGGCCCAACACCAUCACCCACACCCAAAGAUGUUUGUAUGUACAAUGGCAAGGCUUACACCCAGGGCCAGAAAUGGUCGGACAAAUGUGACAAGAACUGUGUCUGUGACGAUGCCAAGCAAGGCCUUUAUACAUGCACUGACAGAUGUCCAAAAUACGACAAUGUUCCAAGCUCCUGUGUGAUGGUGGCUGACCCCAAUGACCCCAACUGUUGCCAGGCACCACAGUGCAGCAAUGUCACUGCCGGCGUUCAGGGAAGUAUCACAGGAAGUGGUCACCCUCCAACGGUCAACAAUAUGUGUUAUUACAAGGGAUCCCUGUAUCAGCAAGGACAGCGAUGGAGGGAUGGCUGCUCUUAUGACUGUGUGUGUGAUGAUGCCAACACUGGCAGAUACACUUGCCAUGACAUCUGCAAGCGAUUCCCCAGUCUCCCCUCCUCUUGCCGUUUGGAGAUCGACCCAGCCAAUCCUUGCUGUAGAAAACCCAACUGUGUGAACCCCACCCCAGCUCCAGGCAUGACCCCGACCCCUCCCCUCACAGAAUUCUGUCUGUACAAUGGAGUCAUAGUCAAACAGGGUCAGGUUCUACGAAUGGGAUGUGACAAGACCUGUCGAUGUGAUGAUGCCAAGAGUGGACAGAUCAACUGCCAAGACAGAUGUCCUACCUAUCAGACCCUGUCCCAAGGAUGCACUCUGGUGACAGAUCCCAAAGAUCCCUGCUGCCAGGUGCCAGACUGUUUGAAUCCCAACAGCACUGAUCCCAACACUAUUGUGACCGGCGUUCCUGGAACAAUAGUUGUGUCUCCUCAGACUGGUACAUCAGUCAACGGAAACAGAAAUUCCUGUGUCUACAAGGGUGUCUUUUACAAUCAGGGACAGAAGUGGGAUGAUGGCUGUACAUACACUUGUGAAUGUGUAGAUGCUUACAAAGGACAGUACAGAUGUACUGAGAAGUGUCCGAGAUACGCCAAGCUUCCCAGCUACUGCACCUUGGUGGAAGACCCAGCCGAUAAGUGCUGUCAGAAGCCUUACUGCACCCCUAUCUUCACCCCUACCCCACCUACACCCCUCCCAGGCAGCACCACCCCCACCCCAAUUCCUGGACCAGCCAAGCCCAAGUACUGCUCCUACAAGGGGGAUCUGUAUCAACAAGGUCAGCUUUGGUAUGAUGGCUGUGAUUUGUCUUGUCGCUGCGAGAACUCUACCUCCAAUUUGUUCCGUUGCCAAGAAAGAUGUGCUGUAUUUAACAAUGUGCCAGUGUCUUGUUCCCUGGUUCCCGACCCCUCUGAUCCUUCCUGCUGUAAGAUCCCAUCUUGUAAAUCAGCCGGUACCACACCACUGGUAGGAAUCAACACCCCACCAACCACCGUGGCCCCAGGAGUCAUAACUGGAAUAGGGAAGAUCCCCACUCCCUCACCAGGUCUGCCUCCACAGUCAGGAUGUAUUUACAAGGGAACUAAGUAUUCCGCUGGGCAGAAGUGGGAUGAUGGCUGUGACUAUUCCUGUGAAUGUGUCAAUGGAAUGACUGGACAAUACAAAUGUACACAGAAAUGUACAAGAUACAUAGGACUACCUCCUCAGUGCCAGCUGAUCACCGACCCAUUCAACAAGUGCUGCAGGAUCCCAUACUGUGACUACUCCAAGAACCCCACACCCAGGCCAAUCAUUCCUCCAACUCAACAGCCUGGACAGCCCAUUCCAAUAACAGUCGCACCUGAAACAGGUUUCUGUAGCUACAAGGGAGUAUACUACACUCAGGGUCAGACCUGGUCUGAUGGCUGUGACAGAAAUUGUCGCUGUGAGGAACCUUCCAAGGGACUCAUCACCUGUACCAACAAGUGCAAGAUAUUCAACAACCUGCCAAGCACCUGUCGUCUGGUGACGGAUCCAAAGGAUGCCUGUUGUCUGGUCCCCGACUGUAACAGGUACCCAACCCCUGCCCCACCCCUCCCACCACAGCUGGGCAUCACCACCACACCAGUUCCUAUUGUGGUUCCCACCAGCGUGGCUGGCUCCUUUACCGGAUCUAACCAGUAUCCCAAUGUAGGCUUUGGUGGAACAAGCAAACGAAAUGUAUGUGUGUACAAAGGAGUGAUCUACAACCAAGGCAACACUUGGACUGAUGGAUGUGAUUACAGCUGUGAGUGUAUUGAUGCUGAGAAGGGUCUCUACAAGUGUACAGACAGAUGUCAGAAUUACUACAACCUGCCACCACAGUGCUACAAAGUGUACGACCCCAAUGACAAGUGUUGUACCAUUGCUAAAUGUGACUUCAACUACAAUGCCACCACCCCGGUACCACCCACCACUCCUACCACUACCGCUACCACUGUCCCAACCAUCUCCACCAUCAAACCCAUGGACCAAUGUCUCUAUGUUGAUGGCAGUCUCUAUGCUAAGGGAGCCACAUGGAAUGUGGGCUGUGAUUAUGUCUGCACAUGUGAGGACCCUACCACCAACAAAUACAAGUGUAAUGCCAGAUGCCAGGGCUAUUCUGGUCUCCCAUCUGUGUGUACACUUCAGCCUGACCCCAAUGACCAGUGUUGUGAGAAGCCUGACUGUGGAUCCUACACACCUUCCAUCGAUGGACCCAUCACCCCCUCACCGAAUGCACUGAACAUCUUCCCCAUCGGAACACAUAACAGCUUCACCGGUACAGGCUGGCAGCCAGGAACCUUCAAACCCCCCACCUUUGGAGGACGCAAUGUGUGUAUUUACAAUGGCAACAUCUACAACCAAGGCCAGUCCUGGGAUGAUGGCUGUAAAUAUGUCUGUACUUGUGAAAAUGCAAAUUCUGGUGUUUACCGCUGCACAUCCAAAUGCCCCCAUUUCUCUCAGUCCCUCCCCAGUUACUGUCGCCUGGUCAAUGUACCCGGUCAGUGCUGCCAGUCCAUGACCUGUGACGUCCCAGGCUAUGGAACAUACAACCCUAUCCCUCAGCUGAACCCCACUCCUGCCCCAGGAAAACCCCCCGGCUCAACCAUGCUACCUCCAAACACCAACAUUCAGAUUACAACUCCGGCCCCUGUUAAUGUCUUCCCGGGACAAGGAUACCCAAUCAACUCCGCACAGAUUCCUCAGGUCACCAAUCAGUGUAUCUUCCAGAACAAGGUCUACAACCAAGGGGAAACCUGGGAUCAAGAUUGUAAGUUCUCCUGUGUAUGCAAGGAUGGUCGGUCAGGAUACUUUGAAUGCAAAUCCAAAUGCCCGACAUACAAAGACAUUCAGAAAGCCAACUGCUUCAGUGUUCAGGCGACUGGUUUGAAUGGAGAUUGCUGCGAGUCCAUUAAGUGUCCAGACAGCAAUGGAAACAUUGUUAGUGUGGAUCCAAAUCAUCCCAGCCAGUUCCCCAUCUAUGGAACAUUCCAGCCUGGCUACUCCGGAUUCCGACCCAACUACAAACCUCCUUCCUCUGGACUGACUGGAAAUUCUAAUGGCUGUGUAUACAAGGGUGUUUCAUACGCUGUGAAUCAGAAGUGGGACGAUGGCUGUGACUUUAGCUGUACAUGUACAGACAGUUCAGGCCUCUACACUUGUACCUCAAAAUGUCCCACUUACACUUCUCUGCCAUCGUACUGUCAUUUGGAGGCAGUGACCGGACAGUGUUGUAAAGUGGUUCGAUGUGGCCCCGCAAACUCGGUCACCACCACCCUCACCACACCACACCACGGACACACAGUGGCGGGCUGCCAGGACCUGGUCUCGGACUGCGCUUCCUAUGGACACUCAGCUUGUACAGGGACAUACAAGGACUGGGCUCAGAGAAACUGCCCUGCCUUCUGUAACAUGUGCCACCACAGUACGGUGACUACACCUCCUCCCCAGUGUAAUGACAAGAGCCUGUGUACCAGCCUGGCCUUCAAGCCUUGGGCUCAGCAGAACUGUCCAAACUUCGACCAACUUUGUCAAGGACCAACAACAACAUCUGUACCAUGUGUAGACAAGGACUCACCCAGCUUGUGUCAGUCAGCUGUCACCAAUGGCUUCUGUUCUCAGUUCGCCUCAGUCAGAGACAGAUGUGCCAAAUCUUGUGGAGUUUGUACAGUCGCUACUACACCCUCUACUAGUACAGCCCCUCCCAGUGGCUGGCAGUUGCUGUUCAAGGGUGUGGAAAACAUGGGAGGUGAUCUGUUCCAACUGUGGGCCGGAGGUCAGACUAUCAACCCCUUGGACCCAACCGCUGCCAAUCUGUUCCCCCAGAAGCCCUACAAACCAGACUUGUCCAACCAUUGGAACUCUCUCUGUCUGGACAAGAUCAAGGUCUCUAUAUAUAAGCACGGCGUAGAAAAAGCCUACAUUGUGUUUGAUGCCAGAAACUCUGACAAGCUAAACUGGUUCUCAUCUGACAGGAUCAUUGAUUCCUCUUGGGGAAAUAUUGCCUCAAUUCCCAAACAGUUUAUCGGAAUGCAGACUGACCCAAGCACAGGGCUCCAGUUCUCGGUCACACAGACAUCCCAGCAGUGCAGCACCACCGGUUGGAUCAUGGUCACCUCCCCUCAGUCCAACUGUUUCUACGAGAAGGGUCUCCAAAAGCCAUCCUUCUUCUACUCCAUGACAAACACUGCUGUCAACUGGGGAUCAGCUCAAAAGGGCAUGGGAGAUGUAUUUGCAAUUCAAGGACACAGUACAUGCUCCAAUGGCUCAACCACUACACCAGUGCCACCACCCACAGGUUGUACAUACAAGGGUACAUUACACCAAGAGGGAGAGAUGUGGACAGAUGGCUGUGAAAAGAACUGUACCUGUCCUAAGGAUCAGUCUGGAAUUGCACAAUGUUUUCCCAGAUGCCCUGUGUACCAAGGACUCCCCUCUCAGUGCCACGUGGUCAAACAGCCAGGACAAUGCUGUGGACAGGUGUACUGUAACUUCACUGGCAUGAUCACUUGUAACUACAAGGGAAAAGACUAUGUAGUGGGAGAUAAAUGGGACGAUGGCUGUGACUUGUCUUGUGAAUGUUUGGCGAAUGGUGCCUACAGCUGUAAACAAAAGUGCGUGAACCAUUGGAACAUUCCUAAGUCGAUUUGUUCACUGGCUGAACCUGAACCAGGCUGCUGUUGCCAGGUUCCCAAAUGUCCGUCAUAUGUCGUCAUACAGUACCCACAAGGCUACGGACCAGAAGUCUGCACACCUACCAGAUGAAGCCAUCGAUUUAUUUGAAAAUCUACUUAAAUUUUUAAAAAUACUUUUAUUUUCUUGUAGAUUUUGUGGUGUUUUGAUAUUGAUCUUAUAUGCCAAAUGAUAAAUGUGAAAUAAAUAUACAAAACAGUA